CUCGAGAUCUAUCUUUCUUACUCCCCCACUUCGCGGAUACGUUACUCGAUUCGAAAGGGAUCAGCAAUGGCUACACAACGGUUCAACGCGUCUGAUAGCUGCACCUGAUAGGGCCGUCGUCGGGUCCGGCGGCCGUUGAUUCGGUACUGAGGAUGCUCACUCUAUGCAGAACACAUCAGCAGUGCUGCUCAUUGCUCGGCGUUUGGCCGCCAGCAUUUGUUGAAGAACUGUGUCUUCGCCUUCUCCCGUUUGGGCUUGGCCAGUCUACUUGCUAUGACUCCACUGUUACUGGAAUACCGUUGAGCUUUGAGCAACUUUUGCAUCUCACUCCUCUCGCAUAUUUGUCCUUCACUCCAGGCUACCAGGGAACUGGGGCAGCUCAAAACAGUCACCACCAUGUCGGCGACAUUCCACAGCCUCUUCGAUAUCCAACCUGCCUCCCAAAUUACCAAUCCAGAGCCUACUCACCAGAAGAAACCCGACAUUACACUCCACAAUAUCGGCGUUUUACCAGACAUUGAGCUCGAGCACUUUGGCUUGAGCGGGAAGCACACUGACCGCCAGUCCUCUCCUGCAGAGUCAUCGCCUCGCAAAGGGAACCAGACUCCGAAAACGCCCACUGAACUGGAAAAUAGUCGGCCUGCAACACCCACCCAUGACGACGCCUUUGUUCGAGAGCGCACAUGGAAUGAUGAACCCAUGACUCGGUGGCGGAUCUUAUGCUGUUGCUUAAUCUACUUUUCCAAUGGCAUGAAUGACGCAGUCGUUGGCGCACUGAUUCCCUACAUGGAGUCCUACUACCGCAUCUCGUACUCGAUCAUGUCUCUGGUCUUUGUUGGCAAUGCCGCUGGUUUCAUUGCAGCUGCUUUCUUCACAAACACAAUCUUGGGCAAGUUAGGCAGAGCAAAGACUUUGGUUGUCGCCGAGGCGAUACAGUUCUCAGCGUACAUUGUUCUUGUUUGCACGCCUCCCUAUCCCCUCGUCAUCGUAUCCUUUUAUAUACUGGGAUUGGGUGCGGCGGUCAAUCUGGCACUAAACAACGUCUACUGCGCGCACACACAUCCUCCAAGCGUCAUCCUAGGCCUUGCACACGGUAGUUACGGUGUAGGUGGUAUUAUUGCUCCCAUCAUAGGAACAGCUAUUGCCUCUCGGGGAAUCAUCUGGUCACGUUUCUACUUCCUCUGUGUCGGGCUGCGAAUCUGCUGCAUGGCUUUUGCCGCUUGGUCCUUCUGGUUCUUCAAAGAAGAUACCGAAGCCGGUUUCCUCGACACCACAACCAGCAGGCAGACAGCCACCGAGGACACGACAUCGAAGCUCAGGAAUCUUAAGCAGGCUUUGAAGAACAAGGUCACGAUACUUGGUGCCUUGUUCAUCUUUGCGUACCAGGGUGCUGAAGUCAGUAUUUCUGGCUGGUUCAUCUCGUAUCUGAUCAAGUAUCGAAACGGUGACCCUGCCACAGCCGGUUACGUGACGGCUGGAUUCUGGAGUGGCAUCACAGUCGGACGCUUCGUUCUAACACACGCAGCGCCAAAGAUUGGUGAGAAGAACUAUGUCAUCAUCCUUACGCUUUGCAGUACCUGCCUCCAGCUUUUGGCCUGGUUGACUCCAAAUUUGAUUGGAAAUGCGGUUGCUGUGUGUCUUCUAGGUCUAGUGCUCGGACCCGUCUAUCCAUGCGCGCAAACUAUCUUCUCGCGCCUAAUGCCUCGCCAUGUCCAGACGACGGCGAUCGGAUUCAUUGCUGGAGCAGGCAGCUCUGGUGGCGCGGUGGCUCCUUUCACCACUGGUAUCCUUGCACAGGCCGCAGGCACUUGGGUUCUGCAUCCCGUCUGCCUUGGUAUGUACGGUGUAAUGAUGGCUUGCUGGAUCGCCUUGCCCAGGGUGCGCAAGCGAACGGAGUAGAGCAAGUCUGCGGAAGGUCGGUGACAGAACGUCACAACGACAUGGUAUCGUGAUGCAAGACAUGCAAACGCUUAGCGGUGCUUAUCGCCACAGACAACGAAAAGCUGUGAUCCAGCCAAAUGCGAUGUAGGUGUAUGAUGACAUGGUGUAGAUAUCAGUCACCAUGACAUCAUCCUCCAGCACGCUCGGAAUCCGUGGAAUGCGUUACUACAAGAGCACGCACAACAGCCAACAUAUAUCAACACCUAGAGUCAAGUUAAAUUUGUAUCUCAAUCAUCUCAGAAUUUCUCUCAAGUUUUCCUCCAUUCCCUCUGCUUUGAUCUUGCACAUCUUUCCAAUCCACGAGAAACAAGGAAAUCUGCAGCCAUGUCAGCAGCAACACAAACAAUCCAAAUGCUCAGCAUAUCCACGGCAUUCAUAGCCUCAGGCGGCAUAGCAGCCUUCUCCCUCUUCGACAUCCCCAUGUUGAAAUCGCAGCCGGC